UCAGCCAUAAGGCGAUAAAUGUUAUCAUUCGGUUACGAAAAUAGUUGGUUCCGUAUCGGUUUCAUUAUUAUUUUCAAAUGCUUGUACAUGACUGGUUGGAGUUAAGUUACAGUGCUGCUGUUUGUCGACGUUCAUGCGGAUUCUGUGUUUCACCUGCCAGUGUCAUUAUCAGCGGAGUGGGCUGGGCCCAAUUGAAGUUUGACAGCUCCUCAUCGUGGAGAUAUCAAUUGCUGCGGAGUAGAUGACAUUUGACAGUUGGACUUUCCCGCUGAAUAUGUCGAAAGUCAAGAUCAAUGGGCACCAACUGCCCAUCAAGGCCCAUUACUUUUUCUUCAUGGCAGCAAUGGGUCCCAUCCUGCCAUUUCUCCCUGUCUACGGAAAGCAGUUGGGAGUGUCGUCAGUGGCUAUGGGAACGAUAACAGCCAUUCUACCAUUUCUCUUUCUCCUAUCGAAACCGGUAUUUGGUUUUCUGGUUGAUUAUUUCCGCAACUGGAGGAAAACUAUUUUCAUUGGGAUAUUAAUAGGCUGUUCUCUGUCCUUCGUACUCCUGUACUGUCUUCCCAGGAUACCAGAAUUACCCAAGGAUGCUGAGAGCAAUGAAAAUUUCACGAGAGCACUGGUUUGUGGGGAUCUGAAGCCUUGCACAAAUCAGAACAAUGACACGUGCUCGAAAAAUCAUAAAUCUCAGAUCGUUUGCUCUCACGUGUGCAACACGACGAUUCAACGAUUUUAUGUGACGAUAAAGCUGACAGAUCUCGAUGGAAUGCACCUGACACCUCAUUGUAUCGUCGAGGGGGAAUCUGAUACGAAAGAGAUUGAUCCCUCGAUCUGCUUGUCCACUCCAGGAUGCAGUAUCAACUGCCCCAUAAGGCACGACGAUAUGGAGAUUGAUUCCUCAUGUCUCCUCAGGAGCUCCAGCUUCUGGAUAUUCGUUCUUCUUUUCUCCCUCGGGAGCAUCGGCUUCAAUGUCACCAAUUCCAUCAGCGAUGCCAUUUGCUUCGAUGUUCUCGGGGCAGGUGGGCACAUGGGAUACGGUAGACAGAGGGUCUGGGGAACAAUUGGUUUUGGAAUAGCAGCCCUCAUCGCAGGUGGAGCAAUAGACUUGGUGUCGAAGGGGCACGUUGUCAAGUCUUACACUCCAGCUUUUUUACUAGUCAUCAUCUUCACGAUUAUCGAUGCAAUCUGCUGCAAAAAACUGGAGCUUCCCAUAAUCACAGGCUCGAAAAAUAUCGUCAAAGAUGUUCUCAAGCUCCUCAGAACAAAAGUAAUUGCGAUAUUCCUCGUCUUCGCUACGAUAGCAGGAAUUCUCGACAGCUUCGUAAUUUACUUUUUAUUUUGGUACCUAGAGGAUCUCGCUAUUCAAACGAAUCACAUGGAGCAGAUUAAAUUGAUCGAGGGGCUCAUCGUUGCUGCUGAGACACUGGGGGGUGAAGUCGUAUUUUUCUCCCUGUCAGGGAAAAUCCUCAAGAAAUUCGGGUAUGGCAUUAGCAUGACCUUUUGCUUUGUAUGCUAUGGCCUACGUCUGGGGUUAAUAUCCCUCGUGCCAAAUCCAUGGUGGGUCAUCCCCAUCGAGCUACUCAUGCAAGGGCCCACUUAUGCCCUUUGCUACACAAUUAUUGUGGGAUUUGCCAGUGUCGUUGCACCUCCUGGUACAUCAGCUACGGUCCAGGGGAUUAUCGCUGGCAUGGACGAUGGACUUGGGUUCGCACUAGGUAGUUUGUUAGGUGGAAUCAUGUACAAAAAAAUGGGAGGACCAGCAACGCUCCAAUCGUUUUCGGCCCUCGCUGGGAUCACAGCUGUGGCUUACUUCAUCAUCUACACGACGAUAUUGAGAGAAGAAAUGCCAAAGACGAAGAGACAGGACGAAAAUGGUGAAACGAAUAGCCGACAAAACGUGGAGUGGAAAAGUCCUGAGGCUGCCGCCGAGGAAUGUCAAACUCUCGAUUCUUAAUUCACUUGAUGCCAUAAUUUUUAAUGCCAUAAUUCAUUUAUAUUUUAAUAUGAGACUUUUUAAAAUUUUAUAAAAUAUUGUACAUAGGAGACAUUUGUUAUUGAUAUAGUUGACAAAACAAUGUAUUAUUCAAUAUUUUGUACUUUUAUCUGUAUUGGAGUACGUGCAAUACAAAAAUAUUAUGCAAGCAAAAUUUUUAAUGCCCCAUAUUUUUUUAUUGAUUGG